UGUUGUGUCUGUGGAGAGAGUUGCUCGUCACCUGAUUGAAAGAAGUUUGAUAAGAAGAAAAAAAAAAAUCUCCCCACCCCCACAGAAAAAAGGAGACCGCCCACCAGAGACAGUCAACCCGAGACCCCUUAUAGAUUUAAAAAGAGAGGCUGCAUUCUCAGACUGACACUUAUUCAACACUGCCACCUUAAGCAGAUUAGUUUUUGCGCUGCCUGUGUCAGAGACGCGGUUCGCUUCUUCUCUCCGUCAUGUUUAGGAUGCUGAAACACCAUCUCCACCCGGGUGUUCUCCUCUGCUUGCUGUGGUUCUGUCACCUCAUGGAGCAUCAAAAAGUUCAAGCCGGGAACUGCUGGCUGCAGCAGGGGAAGAACGGGAGGUGCCAGGUGCUCUACAUGCCCGGGAUGAGCAGGGAGGAGUGCUGUCGGAGUGGACGCCUGGGAACAUCCUGGACUGAAGAGGACGUCCCCAACAGCACGCUCUUUAGGUGGAUGAUCUUCAACGGCGGAGCCCCCAAUUGCAUACCUUGCAAAGAGUCCUGCGACAACGUCGACUGUGGGCCCGGGAAGAGGUGCAAGAUGAAUCGGAGGAGUAAACCGCGCUGCGUGUGCGCGCCGGACUGCUCCAACAUUACGUGGAAGGGACCGGUGUGCGGCUCGGACGGGAAGACGUACAAGGAUGAAUGCGCCCUGUUGAAAGCCAAAUGUAAAGGCCACCCGGACCUGGACGUGCAGUAUCAAGGCAAAUGCAAGAAGACCUGCCGCGACGUGCUGUGUCCCGGGAGCUCCACGUGCGUCGUGGACCAGACCAAUAACGCGUACUGUGUGACGUGUAAUAGGAUUUGCCCCGAGGUGACGUCACCAGAGCAGUACCUGUGCGGGAACGACGGGAUCGUCUACGCCAGCGCUUGUCACCUGCGGAGGGCCACCUGUCUGCUGGGUCGCUCCAUCGGACUGGCCUACGAGGGGAAGUGCAUCAAGGCCAAGUCGUGUGAGGACAUCCAGUGCAGCCCCGGGAAGAAGUGUCUGUGGGACGCUCGGAUGAGUCGAGGCCGCUGCUCGUUGUGUGAGGAGACCUGCCCAGAGAGCAGGUCGGACGAGGCGGUGUGUGCCAGUGACAACACCACAUAUCCCAGUGAAUGUGCCAUGAAACAAGCUGCUUGCUCUUUGGGGGUCCUGUUGGAAGUCAAGCACCAGGGAUCAUGCAACUGUAAGUAAACCUUAAAACCUGAAAAAGAAACAAAACAAAAGAAAAAAAAUCCCCAUUUUUACCUUCCAAGCAAAAGACUAUAUCCCAUGUUGCUUUCCCAACUAAAGCCUCCUCCGAGUGACUCCCAACACCUCCACCCAUCCCCGACUUCACCCCAAAACAACCACCUGGGCCAGACCAGCAAGCACAGCUUAAGCAAGCAGAAUGGACUUUGGGAACGGAAGAUUGACGCCAUCUUUGCUGCUGGCUUUCCUUUGUGUUCUUGUUUGUUUUAAUUUUUGUAAAUGUACGUGACUUCAUCCUUCUGCUAAGUAAGAACAGGACAUGGAUACUUGGGAACGCUUUACAACUCAACAAUAAAGCAGACUCCAGUUUGCAGACGGACAAUCCAGACAUGACAGUUACAGCUAAUUUCAAAACAAACUUCUCAGUGCAUUCGUGAGGCAAUCGUAACAUUGGUGCCGUGUACUAAUAACGUAAUCGUAUAGACUACCUAUCUGUAGAUCACUGCGAUCAUGUACUGCGGGAGGCAUUAAAAUCAAACAUUAGCCUGAGGGAAGUAUCAAAUUGACAUUCCAGGUUGGAUAGAGCGCCUCCGUGUUCCCCUGUAACAUGCUGUGCCUUAAGGUGUGGAAUCAAAAGGGACCAACUUUACGAUCACCUCCAGAGUUAAUGUGAUAUUUAAUAACCCCUUCUAGAAAAAAGUCAAUCAGCUAACUAUUUUUGUGUGUGUUUUUGUUUCACCGAGGGGCAGCCUGACAUUGUUUUACUCUUGCUCAUGUGCUUUGUUUGUUUUCUUGUAAAUCUUUCCUGUGAAAACAAAAUACCUCAGAAGUUUGUCGCUUGCUGGGACUAAAUCGCAGUCUCUAGAUUUAACAAGGAGCUCAUUCAAGAACACUUUUUUUGAGUGUGUGUGUGCGCGUGUGCGUGUAUACAUAUAUGUGUGUGUCUGCUUUCAGGAAUCAACCCAACAUGACACCACUGGAUCCGUCUUUCCAAUUCCCCUCCACCCUUCCUCUUCCUCCCACCACCCCAUCUUACCCAUCAGCCCCUUUCGCUUGCCACCUUGCCACGUGAAAUAGGAAGUACUAGCGGCAUUCCUAUGAGCUGUGUUGAGUGAUUUUCUGCGCUGUUGUGGUCCAUAUUCAUACAACAGCUCCCGUGUAUUCUCCCAUAUAGCCAUCACAGAAGACUCGGACGAGGAUGAGGAAGACGAGGACAACAUGGUCCAUUAAUCUUCUAUACUGGAUGGAUAGCAACCCCUCCCCCAAUCACUAAAGGGGAAAGUCCCAGGACAAGGAAUCAUGUCCAUACUGUAUAUUAUGUGUAUGCUUAUUUAUUUUUCAAGAAAAAGGAAGUAUACAUAUAGUUCACUCUACUAGAUGUUUAUUUAUACUGUUCAUGUGUUUUAUAAUUUAUACAUUUACAAUGUCAGGCUUACAAUCUACCAUGAUAAUUUGUUACCACUCAUUCCCCUCCCCUUUGUUUUUAUUUUCCCUCCUUUCUUUUUUUUUUAACCAUGAAGAAAUGUAUUUGUCCAAAGAGAAGCAGUGUUAUUUAUUUGUCAUGUUAACAUGUAAAGUCCUCUACGAGCUGUAAAAUUGCAUUCCCUCCGCUGUAAAAAUCUGCUUGUUCCUGUCAGAUCUCUAUCACAGAUGUUUAUGCCACACGUCCUUAAAUGCAUGUUUAGGCUGUGUUUAUUUAUUGGGAAUAUAUCAAUCAUUUUAAUGUACAGAAACGUGUGUCUGGUUUGUUUAUAACGCAUCAUGAUAACUGACCAAAGGGAUUAUCUCAAUGGUUUAUUUUAUUUUCUGCAAAAAAAGUAACAAAUCAAAAAACAGCUACGAUGGAGAAGAAAAAAAAAAGAGCCAUUUCUUUUCCUUGUUUCUUUUUCCUGACCCUGGUAGAAUGUUUCCACAUGCAGCUUUUUGACUUUUUGAUAGCAUUUGUUGUGUCUCACCUCAUUGGGACAAUACUUGAUUAUUUUGGAAACAAUGUGCCAUUAACAAUUGUGUGCUGUCUCCUUGCCAACGUGUUGCUAGAAUUAACUGACUGCAGUACUCCUCAACACACCAUCACUCCUUCUUUCCUCAGAAUGCUUUUUUUCCUGUAUCACAAGACAAUUACAAAAUUCUGUUAUGAAAAUAUAGUUUUGUAUUUUUUAUGUAAAUGUCAUAUGUACAUACAAAGUUUGAUGGUAUUUGUACAGAUAUGAAGAGUGAUCCAAUAAAAGAUUUUU